UGCGCUUGCGUUUAAAGCAUCAAAGUUAUGUAAAAAUCGCCCCAAUAUUCGGCGCCAGAUCGAAGAUCAUUGCUCCGCACCUAAAAUAAUCCAUUUCUCACUUACAAUUCUUCAAGGUCGCGCUGUAAUUGGCUUACUAUAUCCAGAACGUUGCACAAGCCUCUCGUUUGACACGGGGACUGCGGAGCAUUAACACUGUUUACUCAUUCGCUAACAUAUAUCCAAUAUUCGGUCAUUCGAGAUCCGGAGGUCAUCUUUUCAUAUUUUGCAUUUAAUCCUCUUCAUAAUCUUAGUACUUCGCUUGGACACGAUGGCUUGGAUGUCCGGAUCCACCUCGAAUGCAGGCCUGGUCAAGAAACUAGCUUCCAAUGGACUCAUCUCUUCUGAUAGGGUGCUACAAGCCAUGACUUCUGUUGAUCGAGCUCAUUAUGCGCCAUCAAGUCCUUAUCAAGACUCUCCGCAACCUAUUGGAUUCAAAGCGACUAUUUCAGCACCACAUAUGCAUGCUUCAGCAUGUGAAUCUCUACUGCCUUUUCUAAACUCAGAGGCGCGAGUUCUUGAUAUUGGCUCUGGCUCUGGUUAUUUGACACAUGUUCUCGCAAAUCUAACGGCACCAGAUGGAGUGGUCAUCGGAGUUGACCAUAUUCAAGGUCUGGUGGACCUGGCAAAUAAGAAUAUGGGGAAAAGUCCGGAGGGAAAAAAGCUCCUAGAAUCAAAAAGGGUGCAAUUCAUCAAGGCAGAUGGCAGGUUGGGCUAUCCGGAAGGGGGGCCAUAUGACGCGAUUCACGUCGGGGCCGCGGCUGCAUCGAAACACCAGGCUUUAAUUGAUCAGCUCAAGUCACCUGGGAGGCUCUUCGUUCCAGUUGAAGAGAAUUAUCUACAGCAUAUCUGGGUCAUCGAUAAGAAGGAGGACGGAUCCGUCGAGAGUAAGAAGAUGUACGGUGUUCAGUAUGUACCCUUGACGGAUGCACCUAGCGAAUAAGCCAAGGAGCUUGUGCCAAUGCGAGCUCUUCAGGGGUAGUUGUGCUUUGAAACGACAUAAUCCACCUGUCCUAUGAUAUCAUUGCGCUCUUCGAAGGGAAAAGCCCCAAAGUAAAUGAAAAAGCGAAGUCGGGCUUGUUGCGAGGCGCUUCAAAUUGAGAAGUAGGUAUUAUUAUUACUAUUAUUAUCAAAUUAGUGCAAUAUAGGCAUCAAUAGCAAUGCGAUCACUCAAUAAGUGCUACAAUAAAUUGAGCUGUCUUCACUGCGCCAACUUAUUCGUAGAACUCUAGCGAGGC